AUGGAAAAAUCAAACAGAGAUAAAUUCCAUUCGAAAACAAAUAACUUCAAGGAACAAAAGAUGGAAAAGCUGUCAUCUUUUGAUCCGGAAAGACCAAAAAAAAGUAACCGUUCUCACCAUAAGAAAAAACCUGAUUUGGAACGUGAAAAACAAAAGGCCGAAUUCGAACGUUCAGAGAAAGAAUUGAAAAAACUUUUGGUACAAUUUGGAUCAAAAGCUCGAGUAGCUGACGAUAUAGAUCGGGAUUCUUCGAAAAUUCGCGAUAAUAUUUAUAAAUUGAUGGAAAAGACAAAGACAAAAUCACUUAGCAACAACGCAAAGGCGAAGCAAGAUCUUACACCACAACACCAUCAGCAACAGCAGGCAGAAGAAACCACCACCACAUUCAAAACUAUCAAAUAUAAGAAAUAUCAUUUUGAACCUUACGAAGCAAUUGUACACGGCACAUUUGGUGUAGAACCGAAUUAUUGGAGUUAUUUAACGACAAUUUUUGAUACAGUGGUCGAUUUUCUUGGUGAAGUGAAACACGGUGGUCGUGGUUUUGGUAGUCCAAGUUAUGAUGGUUUG